AUGCUGAUCCGCGCGCCGACCUUCGACCUGGACCGGGCCCUGAUGGCCGGGGCCAGCUCCAGUACCCUGGCGCACCACUCGUCCACCGGGGCCGCGCGGCUGCCGACCCUGUCGCGCUCCGGCGGCGUGGAGCUCCCCCGGCGGGAGAUCGCCGCCCGGCGCAUGAAGCACCUCCCCCGGGUGGAGCGGAUCCUGGCCCGGCUGGCCUCCAGCGGGGCCUACCAGGCGGAUGAGCAGCUGGCCGAGGCGGCCGUGGCCCUGGCCCGGGAGCAGGCGGCCCAGCUGUCGAGCAGCAAUCCGGCGGCCAUGCGCGAGCUUUUGGUCCUGGCCAGCGGCGGCAGCCGCAGCGCGGCCGGCAGCGCGGCCGGCUCCCGGCGCGGGUCUCUCAACAGCCCGCCCGAGGGGCUGGCCGCCGGUGGCAGCAAUGGCCACGCCAGCCGCGGGGGGUCCCCCUCCGGGGGCACGGGCGCCCCGUCGACCACGCCGCCCCCCUCGUCCCCGGCGCUGACGCGCAUCCGCGACCGGGUGCUGUCCUUCUUCGGGCUGGGCAGCGCCGGGGACGGGGCGUCCGACCGGGCCGACGCCGACCCGCCGGCCAUCACCAUCGGGUGCGGCUGCUCGCCGUGCGCCUGCCCCCCCGGGGCGGGCGCCCCGUGUGAUGGGCCGUGGCGCGCGGCCGGCGGCCGGGCCGUGCUCAACCCCAAUGUGCCGGACUUGGACUUCACCCGGGCCCCGGCCCCGGCCUACCUGAUGCCGAGCGGGUCGCCCUCGUCCCCCUCGUCGUCGUCGUCCUCCUCCUCCUCCUCCUCGUCGUCCUCCUCUUCCUCCUCCUCGUCGGACAGCGACAGCAGCGACAGCAGCUCCUCCGACUCGGAGAUCAACCACAUCGACUAUCCGCAAGCCAUCCAGGGCAAUGUCCGGGGCAGCUCCCUGGCCAGUGCGUACAGCUCCCCGCUGCCGUCCACCCCGCAGGCUUCCUCGUCGGUGGUGUGGGUCGAGCCGUCGAUGGGCUUCCACCGGCCGGUGCCGCAUAUCCUGGUGGACCCGGAGGCCGUGGCCAACAGCCAGCGCCAGGUGUCGCUGUUUGGCGAUGCCGGCGGCAAUAUGCACGGCCGGUCCGGCGGCCGGCAGCAGCGGUCGCGCGACCGGCCGGCCACCUCCUCGGCCGUGGCCCUGGCCGCGGCGUCGGCCCUGUCGGCCCUGUCGCCGGAUGCCCGGGGGCUGGAGCUGAUGACGGUGCCGCUGGUGUCCUUCCGCGGCCGGCAGGCCCCGACCACGGUGGCCCCGCUGGCGGCCCCGGGCCAGCACCUGGCCUCCAGCACGCCCUCCUACCCGAUCGACGCGCCGACCCUGCUGGAUGCCGAUGACCUGCAGCUGCUGUGGUCGUGGCUCCCGCGGUCGUACCGGCAGUCGCGGGAUUUGGCCUGUGUGUUCGCCACUCGCCGGCAUGGGUACUCGCUGGACUCGCUGUACCACCGGGCCCAGGACUACAAGGCCCGCCCCGAUGCGGAUUACUGUCCCUACCUGUACCCGAUGGCCACGGCCCUGCUGACGUUCGUGCCAUCGGCUGACGACGUGUUGGCGUGCCUUUUCAGCGUCGUGGACACCGGUCUGUCCAUGGCCGGCUGGGCCUUCGUCCCGAUCGGUCAGCGUGAACACUGGCUCUUCGCGCACGUCUUCCACGACCUGGCCAUGAAGCAUGUGCCGCUGCUGGCGGCGCACUUCCGCCGGCGGCGCAUCCGCAAGGGCCCGUGGCUGGCCUACUGGCGCAGCCUCUUUGCAUCGUGCUUCCUCGGGCGCCUCGGCGGCACGGGCAUCCCAGCGCGCGACCUGACCCUGGACCCGGCGCCCGGGGGCACGGCCGGAUCGCGCGACGGGUCGCCCAUCACCGGGCCGGGAUCCGGCUUCGGCAGCGGCCGUGGCCGCUCCGGCGUCGCCGGCAGCAGCAACUACUCCAUCAAUGGCUCGCUCGGGUCCCUGGACUCGGCCGGGUCCUCCUUCUCCCCGAACCCGGUGGACCAGGCCACGGCCUCCUUUGUCGGGUCGAUGGUGGCCGACCCCGGCCCGGGGGCCGGGCUCCGCAUGCUGGACCUGAUCUUCCUCGAGGGGCACAAGGCCUUCUUCCGCCUGGGCAUCGGCAUCCUGCGCAUCUACGAGCGGGCCCUCAUCCAGCGGAGCCACGACGUGCAAGAUCACCACCACCAGCACCACGGCGCAGGUCCACGGACCCCGGCGCCGGGUGCCGGUGCCCCCGCGCCGGCGCUCAACCCCCGCCGGUCCCCUUUCCAGGGGCGUGGGGUUGUAUCGUCGGCGGCUGGCCCGGGGCCCGGGCCCGGGCCCGGCGACCCGGGCGAUCCCGGCGGGCCGCCCCCAGCCAGACGGCAUUCCCUGACCCAUGAUGCCGACCCGUCGGCCCCCAAGCAGCAGCCGCAGCACCCCGCCCACCCGGAGCCGCGGCCGCACCCGGAAAAGCAGACCUGGCCACCGGCCCAGGCGCUGAUCACCCCGGCCGACGAGCAGGACACCACCACCACCACCACCGCCGCCACGGCCGCCACGGCCGCCACCACUCCCACGGCCGGCGCCCCGCCGGCUGAUCCCCCCACAGAUCCCCACCGGCCGGGGCCGGGACACCCUGGGCCCGGUCCGCGGACUCGGUCGGCGUCGGCCGCCCGCGACCAUGAGCUCGAGCCGGAGUACGGCUCGACAUUCCACGCGGCCGAGCUCUUGCCGGCCGCCGCCGCGCGGGCCGAUACGCGGCGCCCCGCCGGGCACCCGCGGUCCGCGUCACUGGACCGGCAGCCCGGCACCACCGACGCCCGGUCCUCGGCCGGGCCGCCCCCCCCGCCGGGCAGCCUCCUGUCGCCGCUCUUCGCGGCCGAGCAGCCGGCCCACGCCCUGGGGCUCGGGCCGGGCGGCGCCCAGUGCCUCUCCCAGAGCGCCACCUGCCCGGGCCCGACGCUGGUGUCCAGCCAGUGCCAGCCGCCAUGCAUCGGCUUCACCAUGCAUGUGUCCCUGUCGCCGGCCCCGGGCGAGGAGGGCCGCGGCGAUGCGGCGGCCACGGCCGUGGCCGCCAACGGGCACCCCUCGCCGCAGCAGCGCGAGGUGGCCGAGAUCCUGGCGGCCGACGCGCGGGAGGCCGCCGCCGCCGCCGCCGCCGCCACCGCCGCCGCCGCCGCCGACACCACCGGCCCCGCCGCCGGCCCUGGCAAGACGCCGUCCUUCUUCGCGUCCUUCUUCAACCGGGCGUCGGGGGCGGCCAGCCCGGGGGCCGCCGGCGACCCGGACGCCCCGGCCGAGGGCCUUCGCUUCCAUGGCACCGCCGCGUCGGCCACAUUGCCGGUGUCGCCCUUCGGCACCGGGCUCAUGGCCUGCCUGAGUUGCGUGCAGCUGGCGUCGGUGUCCUGCUCGCCCUGCACGGCGGUCGUCCGGCUGGCCGUGCUGCAGGCCGAGCAGGCGGCCCUCACGGCCGGCACCCUGCCGGCCAAUCCCACGGUCACCGGCGGCCCGGGCCCGGGCCCGGGCCCGGGGGGGCCGUCCCCGCCGUCGCCCUCGGGGGCGGUGGCCCCGGGCCCGGUGUCCGGGCAGGCUCCUCCCCCCCCUGGUGGGGCCGGGCCGCCGGUCAACCCGGACGUGGCCCUCUUCACCACCGCCCCGGCCGGCGAGCCGGGCCUGCUGCUGCCGGCGCACGACCCGGAGCACCAGUGCCUGCUGCGCCAGCGCGACAACGAGGACAUGUUCCGGGAGCUGGACGCCGCGCGGGGGGGCUUCUCCGGCGGGGCGCUGGACGACCCGCUGUCCCCGGUGUCGGGGUUCAACUUCUCGGCAUCCGGCCAUGGCGGGCAGGAUGACGGCCACGAGGCCGACAUCGAGGAUGCCAGCCUGCCGCCCGAGGGCGGCCCGGUGUCCGGGCUGUCGGCCCUCGGGGCCGGCGGGCUGCUGGCCACGGCCGAGCCGCCGGCCCUCCCCCCGCACGGGUUCCUGGUCGAGGUGGACCCCUUCUGCCCGGCCGAGCAUCCGGCCCUGGUGGCCCACCGGCAGAGCCUCCCCUCGUAUGCCGGGGUCCGGCGGCUGAUGCGGCGCCUGGCCCCGACCGAGCGCCUGGCCCUGCAGCAUUCGCGCGCCGAGGAGCAGGCCGUCCGCCGGUGGAUGGCCGCCAUGCUGAUCGGGUCGCUGGACUCGCUGCAACACUCGGCCCUGGUCCCCGGGUCGCCGUACCACCACCCGGCCGCGGCCCUGGUUCCGGGGGCCCUGCUGAACUCCCAGCAGCAGCAGCAGCAGACCCCGCCGCCGUCGUUGUCCUCGUCGGCCUUGGGGUCGGGCGGCGGCCCGUGGGGCGGCCCCGGGCGGCAGAGCCACUCGGCCGGCCCGAGCCGGUCCUCCUCGCCCAUCCCCUGGGCGGCCGCCAAUGCCGGGGCCUCGGCCGGGCGUGGCGGCGGGCCCUCCUCCCCCCCGAUGGCCAUCCCCUCGUCGGUGAUGGCCGGCGGCAGCAGCUCGGCCCCGACGUCGGCCGCCUCCUCGCUCACCACCACGGCCGGGCGCCUGGGGGUCCGGACGCCGGGCGCCUCGCGCGGGUCCAAUCGCCUGCCCAUCUGGUCCGACUCCACGCGCAUGGAGGUGGCCCAGAUCCUGGCCGCGUCGCCGGCCGAGCGCUUCGCCCCGCACUCGCGCACCGUGCGCGGCCGGUCCAGCUUCUCGCGCCUGCGCACCCUGGUGGCCCACGGCGUGCCGUGGACCUCGCGCGGUGUCGUCUGGCCGCUGCUGCUCGGCGCGCCGGAGGAAGUGGACGGCCAACCGUGCUCCCUGGCGCAUGGGCUGGUGCAAAUGUACGGGCUGAAUGUGCCCUCGGUGCCGAUUGCCCCGCGGCUCGGGUGGGCCUCCGGCUGCUUGUCGGCCGAGUUGGCCGGCGGGUCCUGCCCCUCGUCCAUGCUCCAAGGCCUGGCGGCCCUGGAGUCCGGCACCGAGGAGGAGGACGACCACGUUCGCGAGGCCGGGCUCCUGCUGCUGGACCCGACUGACGCCGGGACCCCGAUGGACAGUGCUCCCUGCACGCCGGUGGCCGGGCUGCCGGCCGGGGCCGGGGCCGGCUCGGCCUCCCUGCCGUCGGACCCCUCGGCCGACCAGCUGGCAGUGGCCCGGUCGUGCAGCAGCGUCGUGGCCCGGCCCCGGCGCCGCGGCCGGCGGGUGUACCCGGCCGAUGAGCUCUGGCCCCUGUCCACGUCGACCAGCUUCCGGCCACCCUUCAUCCCGAGUUUGCCGCUGCGUGCGGCCGGGCUCGAUGUCAUCGGCUACCUGAUGUCCAUUCUGGUGCAGUUCGGCCUCCUCCUCAUUGAGACCACGUCCGGCGCCCUGUUCGGAGCCUUCAUCACGGACCACCUGCACCCGGACACGCAUCUAUCCUCGCCGGGGUCCGUGCUGACCGGGUCGCACCCGGACAGCAAGCGCCUCCGGUCGCCGUCCAUCGGCAUCGGCGAGACCUUCCUCUUCUCGCUGUAUCCCCGGCGCGCGGUGUACCCAUGGCACCGGCUCGAGCGCCGCGAGUGGCUGGCCCAAGGGAACAUCCGCAUGAAGUCGGCGCCGCCACCUGUGCGGGCGCUGCCACCUGCCGGAGGGGACUCCUCCGGGCCGGACGCCGAGGACCUGUCCGACGGCGGACGCCCUGGCCAGCACCACCACCACCGCGGCCGCGGCCGCGGCCGCCAGUCGGAGGAGGCCGAGGCAGCCGGGUCCCACUCGCCGUCGGGCCCCGGGUCGUCGCCCUCCGACGAGGGCCCGGCCACCCCCUCGUCGGACGCCGAGCCGAUCUUCAUCUGUGCCACGCCGGACAGCCUGAGCCUGGGCAUCGGCCCGCCGCGCAUCCUCCCCCAGUGGGACGUCAGCCAUCCGGACGCCGCGGCCGGGGUGAUUGUGCGCCAGGCCGCCGGGGCCGGGGCCGGGGCGUCCUCCUCCCCCCAGGCGGCCGAGAUGCCCGUGGCCUCCGUGCGGCAGGUGUGCUCGGCCCUGUGGCUGGAGCGCAAGCUGGAGUUCGGCAUCAGCGAGCCCAGCGACCUCUACUGGAAUGCGCCGCUCCACUGGCCGGAGUUCUUCCCCGACCCGGCGGCCGGGCUGGUGGACGUGGUCCUGGAGCCGGACGAGGUCCCGGCGCCGGUCGGGUCGCCGGGCGCCGGAGGGGCGGCCGCCCCCCCCUCGACCUUGGCUUCCUCCGGGCCGUCGGCCUCGUCAUCGGCCGGUGCCGGUGGCGGGUCGCCGCUCCUGGUGGCGUCGCUCCCGGUACCGCCGAUGUCCUACAAGUUCGCCAUCCGCUCGGUGGAGUACUACGCCCUCAUCUAG